AAAGGCAAUGAUUUUUCGUAAUUGAAAGCAGUACUAUUGUGUGCAAACGACGGCAAAAUUUGGAGAUUGUACAUUUUUUGGCAAACGUCUGUAUGGUAAACCUGACAGUUAAUGUUGUUGCUGAACAACAGUGUCCAGAUUUUGCAUCGACUAUUGGUACUUAUUUCAUGUUUGGGAUAAUUGGAACCAAUUCUCCUAAAAGCGACGACCAUAUGUACGUCCAUAUCACAACAAUGACCGGUACAAUUGCCAAAGUAAUCAUCGCUUCACCAUUCAACAACCUUCAUCAAGAGUUUACAUUAGCAAACUAUACUAUAUACCCCAUAUCUUACACUCAUAUUCAAGUAGGGAAUGGGAGCCAGUUCAAAGGGAUUGAAGUUGUCUCCGAUGUCAACAUAUCUGUAGCAGUGUUUCCCGCAUUUAUCGAUAAAACAGAAGGAUUCCUAGUUCUUCCUGUUACAGCAUUAUCUACAAGAUAUGUAGCCGCCUCCUAUCAUCCUUCUGGAUAUAACAGUGAAAUUCUUGUAACAGGAGUAGAGAGUAAUACACAUGUUGAAAUUAACUACACAUCUAACGGAAACGCCCAAACCCAACAUAUACAACUAAAUCAGUUUGAAACCUACCAAUUGGUUGUUACCUACGACUUAAGUGGAGCUCUAAUAACAAGCAACAAACCAGUAGCUGUAUUUAGCGGGUCGAGUUACAGUCAGAUACCUGUUGGUAUUGGAGCUUAUAAUUACAUUGUCGAGCAAAUGAUUCCACAGAAAUACUGGAGUAAUCAAUUUAUUGUACCGCCGAUAUAUCCUCAUAACUUCUUUAUUGUCAAAAUAUUUGUAGACUACGACAAUACUGAAGUUCAUUUCUACAAUAGUACACAUCAUUUUGGGUCUUACCUUGACCGAGGGUCUAAUCAGGAGAUUUUGUUCGGUUCCGAACCAAUAGUUAUCCUAUCUACAAAGCCAAUAUCUGUUAUUCAGUAUUGUGCAGAUAGUGAAAAUAUGUAUGGAAACCCUUUUAUGACCACAGUGCAAGGCAUUUCUCAAUAUGAAAAUGUGUACAAGUUUGUAACAGAAUUAUAUAGCGGAGUAAAGAGCACAGUUGCGAUCACAUUAAAACGAAAUGACAUGAGUGGUCUUUCAAUGGGCGGAAAAAACAUUUCAUCAUGGAAUGCUAUAAUUAUCCCUGUUGCACGUCCGAUGGAGGAGUAUAUUACCAUAUUUGUUAAUAUAUCAUACAACAGUUUAUUUAGGUUACAUCAUACCGGCGGUGUCCGGUUUGGAGCUACUCUUUACGGAUUGCUUGCUACAACUUUCUCAUAUGGCUAUCCUUUGCAAUUAGCGUUUUCUAAAACAGACUGUCAAGCCGGUCAAAUUACUGGACCAACAGCUAGUGCUUUGUAUCCACACACUGAUAGCUCCCACGGAAACAACGGGAACCAAGGAUAUAUUAAUACAGGAAACGGCACGUGGUGUUUCCAGUGCGACAAUAUGUCCCAUCUUCAAUAUUGUGAUACAGUUACCAGAUGUCAGACUGAACAUGAGAGUUGUUAUGUCCAAAGUUUUACCAGAAGUAACAACGGGAGACUAUAUAGGUCAGGCUGUAUGGGUAAAAGCGUGUGUCAAGGUCAUAUAAAUCAAGUGCAAUGUCAAGAAUGCUGUCAUGGAAGUUUCUGUAACAAUAUUGGUUGUGGUGACGACGGACUUUCCAAUUUCGAUGCAAGAGGACCAUUUUGUUUCGACUGUGAACAUCAAGGAGAAGAGCUCUGCAAAAAAGUUCAGAUGUGUCGUCCUGAUCAGGUUUGCAAAAUAGAGAAGUUUGAGUGGGGAAGUGGUUAUAACUACAUAAUGGGAUGCACAGAAAGACAGGCAUGCGCAAGUAAAAGAGACAUCCAUGCUCGUCACGCUUCUGUAUGUGAACACUGUUGUCAUUCGGACUUCUGCAAUAUGAACUGCACGAGCGCCCAUUUUGAACAAAUCAUUGGCUAACAGAACGCAGAAGCAAAGAAUGCUAUGACAAUCUCAAUGAGACAUAGAAAUUUAAUUUAUCGUUAGAUAUAUAUUCUGCAAAGGAAUAAAAUUGGACAAGAUAGAAUUGAUUUGGUUUAUGUUUUG